GCAAACCAAAAAACAAUUCUAUCUCUCUCUCUUUCUCCUUUUUGAAUCUCUCUCUCUCUCUCCCUCUCUCUCUCUCUCUAAAACACUUCAUCUUCUUGGUCUCAACCACUUAAAAAUGUGUAGGGUUUCCCUCUCAUUCUAUCUUCACUCCUCCAUCUCAGCUCUCUAAUGCUGCCUCUGUUGGCUCUCUUCUUCUUCACAGCAAGAACCCAAAGAAAGAGAGCCUUAAAUCCCCUUUCAUUUUUCUCCAAUUUUGCAGGAUUAUCAUUUCCUUGCAAGUUUUAAAUAUAUUUAUCUUGUUUUUUUUGUUUUUUUUUUUCCCUUAAUCUUCCUUCAGUAUUAUUAUUAUUAUUAUUUUUUUAAGUUUAUUUAUGGAAAAGACAAAGAUUUCCCAGGUUGUUUAGAAACCAAGUGAGGUAAGCAACUCUUUCCUUUUCUUUUCUCUUUCUCCCUUUUGAUUUUGCAAAGAUUUUGAAGGGGAUUAUGUGGAAAGCAAAGUGAAGUCGGUGAAUAUUUGGAGCUUUUGUGGGUGGUUAUAAGUUAUUAAUUCUACCCACAGCUUCAUCAUAAGAAAAAAAAACUGAUUAUUUUGUCUGUAUAUUGGUCAUACAUAACUUUCCCUUUCCUAAAAUUUGGCUCUAUGAACUGAAAACCCUCCAAAAAGCAACGGGUUCUCUUUCUUUCUUGUGAUCCUUGUCUCUUAAAAUCCUCGGUUUUUGUUUUCUUGCAUCAUGUAUCUAUCUUCUCUCUAUCUAUACCCAUAUCUGUAAAGAACCAGAAGAAGUUACAAGAAUUAAGCUUUUUGUAGUUGGGUUUCCUGAAAUUUGGUAAAAAAAUGGCGAUGGUUGCUCAACAUCAACAGCACAUGGAGACGACAAGCAGCAGCAGCAGCAUGAAACACCAGCUGGAUAACGGGAAAUACGUAAGGUAUACCGCCGAACAAGUUGAAGCUCUUGAAAGGGUUUAUUCAGAGUGCCCAAAGCCAAGUUCUCUGAGGAGACAACAAUUGAUCCGAGAAUGCCCUAUUUUAUCCAACAUAGAGCCCAAACAAAUCAAAGUUUGGUUUCAAAAUCGCAGAUGUCGGGAAAAGCAACGAAAAGAAGCAUCUCGUCUCCAGACAGUGAAUCGGAAGUUGUCCGCCAUGAACAAGUUGUUGAUGGAGGAGAACGAUCGCCUGCAAAAACAGGUCUCUCAGCUUGUAUAUGAAAACGGACAUAUGCGCCAACAGUUGCACACUGCUUCAGCUGUUACAGACGCAAGCUGUGAAUCUGUAGUUACCACCACCCCCCAGCAUUCUCUUCGAGAUGCUAAUAACCCAGCUGGACUCCUCUCGAUUGCAGAGGAAACUUUGGCAGAGUUCCUUUCAAAGGCUACAGGAACUGCUGUCGAUUGGGUCCAGAUGCCUGGGAUGAAGCCUGGUCCGGAUUCGGUUGGGAUCUUUGCCAUUUCACAGAGUUGCAGUGGAGUGGCAGCUAGAGCCUGCGGUCUUGUAAGUUUAGAGCCCACAAAGAUUGUGGAGAUCCUUAAAGACCGAACAUCUUGGUAUCGAGACUGUCGGAAUCUUGAAGUUUUGACAAUGUUACCCGCUGGAAACGGUGGAACUAUCGAACUUGUAUACACGCAGGUCUACGCACCAACUACAUUAGCUCCCGCACGGGAUUUCUGGACUCUGAGAUACACUACAAGUUUAGACAACGGUAGUCUUGUGGUCUGUGAGAGGUCUCUUUCGGGCUCGGGUGGGGGCCCACAUGCUGCCCCAUCUGCCCAAUUUGUAAGAGGGGAAAUGCUGCCUAGUGGGUACUUAAUUCGGCCCUGUGAUGGUGGAGGUUCAAUUAUUCACAUAGUUGAUCACCUUAAUCUUGAAGCAUGGAGUGUGCCAGAAGUUUUGCGUCCACUUUAUGAGUCAUCCAAAGUUGUAGCACAGAAGAUGACAAUUGCAGCAUUGCGGUAUAUCAGACAAAUAGCCCAAGAGUCGAGUGGUGAAGUUGUUUAUGGACUCGGUAGGCAGCCUGCGGUUUUGCGUACCUUAAGUCAGAGAUUAAGCAGAGGUUUCAAUGAUGCGAUCAAUGGAUUCAAUGAUGACGGGUGGUCAUUAAUGAACUGUGAUGGUGCUGAGGACGUGAUUGUCGCGAUUAAUUCAACCAAGAAUUCAAAUUCCCUCUCGUUUCUUGGAGGGGUUCUUUGUGCAAAGGCCUCGAUGCUGUUUCAAAAUGUUCCUCCGGCUGUUUUGGUAAGGUUUUUACGGGAGCAUCGAUCAGAAUGGGCCGAUUUCAAUGUGGAUGCUUACUCUGCUGCUUCGGUGAAAGCUAGCCCAUAUGGGUAUCCUGGGAUGCGGCCCACAAGGUUUACUGGGUCCCAGAUUAUAAUGCCACUUGGCCAGACAAUUGAACAUGAAGAGAUGCUUGAAGUUAUUAGACUCGAAGGUCAUGCAGUUGGUCAAGAAGAUCCAUUUGUGUCACGAGACAUUCAUCUCUUACAGCUAUGUAGUGGAGUCGAUGAGAAUGCAGUGGGAGCUUGUUCUGAACUUAUAUUUGCUCCAAUUGACGAGAUGUUUCCGGAUGAUGCCCCCCUUAUACCAUCCGGUUUCCGGAUCAUUCCAUUAGACCCGAAAUCAGGUGAUUUAAAGGAUGCAUUGGCGACAACACAUCGGACCACCCUUGACUUGACUUCGAGUCUCGAGGUGGGGCCAUCAACGAACCAUGGCCCGGCCGAUACAUUGACCACAAGAUCGGUGUUGACCAUCGCGUUCCAGUUUCCUUUUGAGAAUAAUUUAGCUGACAGCGUGGCAACCAUGGCCCGCCAGUAUGUCAGAAGUGUCAUCAACUCGGUGCAGAGGGUUGCCAUGGCGAUAUCUCCUUUAGGAAUGAGCCCAUCACUGUGCCCUAAAGUAUCUCCUGGUUCACCCGAAGCAGUUACUCUAGCUCAAUGGAUCUGCCAUAGCUAUAUGUAUCAUUUGGGGUCGGAUUUGGUGAGUUCUGGUUCAGUUGCUGGGGAGUCGUUGUUGAAAGAUCUUUGGCAGCAUCAAGAUGCUAUUCUGUGCUGUUCUUUGAAGUCGCUUCCGGUUUUUAUAUUUGGGAACCAGGCGGGUUUAGACAUGUUGGAGACGAGUCUUGUGGCUUUGCAAGACAUCACAUUAGACAAAAUGUUUGAUGAUGCGGGUCGGAAGGCGCUAUUUCCAGAAUUUGCCAAGAUAAUGCAACAGGGUUUUGCGUAUUUACCUGGUGGGAUUUGUAUGUCGACAAUGGGGCGUCAUAUUUCAUAUGAACAAGCUAUAGCUUGGAAGGUUCUUGCAGCUGAUGAAUCGACGGUUCAUUGCCUUGCUUUCUCCUUUGUGAAUUGGUCGUUCGUGUGAGGCCUCAGGCAUCAGGCAUCAAUCAAUCAAUCACUUCCUGAGUUUGGUAUGUAAAGACGUGUUGAUUGAUAUGAUGUUAUUUUUGUGUUGAAUUGGAGAUUUGCUUAAUUUAAUGCCGUUUCAAUUCCA